AUGGUGAAGCAACGGAAGACGAGGUCAUCUAGCACCUCCCAGGAUAUGGAAGAGCCGAAUUCAUCUUUAAACAGUCCUCCUCCUUCAAAAAACAAGUUAAAUGGUGUAUUAAGUGGAGCAGAGCAUGGCGACAAUGAGCAAACAGAAAAUGGGAUGCAUGACUCAUCCAAGAAUAAGAGGUCGAAGUCUCGUACGUUGGGUCAACUUAUGGAACAGCAGCGAGCAGAGGACGUUGAACUCCCACAUCCAUCCGGCGCUUCUCUGGCCGUCCAAAUGACUCAAGGAUUGAUGUCCAAUGAUGUCUUGAAACUGGACACUGUUCUACGUGAAUCAAGGCUUGAAGUUAUACAGGCAACUCUGAUAGACCUGCAAGUUUCACAUAUCGUGCCUCUCCUUAAGGCCUUGUUCGAAAGGAUUAGCAAUCGUUCUGCAGUCAACAUCAGACCAUGGAUAUUGUGGAUACAAUGCAUCUUAUCGCUUCAUGCUUCUUAUCUUAGUUCGUUGCGGAAUCUUGAAACGGAAUUGAGCGGACUGUUGGAAUGGAUGCGCCAACGGGUGGGUCAUCAACAGAAGCUCAUAGAAUUAUAUGGAAGAUUAAGCAUAGUUGGAGAGCAGAUUGAGCGCCGUAUUAACCGCACUGUCGUCGUCGCACCACAACCACUUAUUGUAUUUAAUGAUGAUGUCGAUUCUGAUCUUGAAGAAAUUGAGAGCGGUGGAUCCGAAGAAAGUGGUGCGAGCAGCGACGAGGAGGAAGAGGAUUGGUGGGAUGAAGAAGGAAUAGGAGCUGUUGAUGACAAAGAUGAAGACGACGAAGAGUCUGAUGAUGAUUCUGAUGACGACAUGCCAGCAAGAAUUCGGGCCAGUAGUGAUGACAGUGGAACAGAUGAUAGUGAGGAUUCCGAGAAAAAUGGUAAUGACGUUGAAGAAAGCGAUGAGGAAAUGGAUAUAGGAUAA